GUUUACUCGUAUGGAAUCGGCGCACCGUCAAAUGCGUGUAUCAACCUUACACCCGGCCAUGGAACUUCAGAACAAACCAGUGCUAUACCUUAUACUGUUUCGCUGUCAAAAACAACGUAUGAAGAAAGCGGACAGAUCACAGUGACUGUCGCAGGAAGUAAUGCCCAUCAGGGUCUCCUUAUACAAGCUAGGAAAAACGAUGGUUCCACUACCCCAGUAGGUACCUUCGGUCAACCAUCAGCUAACACUAAAACUACAAGCUGUACCAAAUCUGCAGAUUCUUGGACCCAUAGCAGCACUGCUUCUAAACAGACAUCUACAGCGGUCUGGACGGCACCAUCCAGUAAUGUUGGUCAAAUCGUAUUCAAAGCAACAGUUGCGUCAUCUAAAAUGGUGUAUUGGCUGAAUAUUCAGAGCGCU